AUGGGCAAAGCGCGCGACCACCGGAUGAUAACCGCCGUUGACCACCGCAGAGACUACGGCAGCAGCGACCACAGCAUCAGAGCCCAACCACCGCAGUGUUGCUUCAACCUGAGAGACCACAGCCAGGUACAGCAACCAGACUGUUGCUGCUGCUGCUGCAGUGUUGCUCCAGUUUGACAGAGACUACAGAAUCAUCCAUAGACGUGCGGCAACUUCUCAAGAAGAAACUGUUGAUUUUCACUGGCCACCAUGUUGCUUUUUCUGAGAGGGAAAAACAAGCAGAGCAACUCCAUCACCAGCAACUAGCAGGGAUUUAUCAUCACCGCGUUGCUCAAGUGGAAGAGGACAGCAACUUCAUCUGUAACUGCAUCUUCAGCUACAAUCCAUCUCGGCCCAGUCAUCCAGCAGGUGAGCAGCAACACCUGAACUGACAUACAGCUAUCGUCUGUUAUUACCUGUCCAUCCACACCUGACACUCAGGCACAGUAAGUAAGGCAGUGCACAGCCCUCAGAACACUACACAACCCAAUACACAUUACCAAAUAAACAAACCACAACAGUGUAGUACACUGAAAAUAGUACAGAGCCACAUGUGGUUCAGCUGCUACUAAAAAUCUGACACCAUGUCCUUGAUAUGAAAGAAAUGCUAUGUGUGAGCACAUUAUCUAGAAUAUCAGCAAGUCUAGCAAAUAAACAAAUAUUAGAGUGUACACUAGCUCAAACAACUCUCAGUUUCUAUUCUUUAUCUGCUCUGGUUUUACACAUUACUUGUGUUUGUACCAUGUUACUCCUGGAUGAAUUUAUAAAAUUUCAGUGUGUUUAUAUACCAAAUGUUCAUAUUACGAUAUUGACAGAUUGGAUAGAGCUUUAUUGAUCCUUUUGGGAAGUUAAAAGUUGCUAUUGUGGAAGACCGUUAAUAUAGGGGGUUAACUGAUACCAGUUUUUCAACAAUAAAUGCUGAUACCAGUAAUGACAGAAACUGCAAUUUUUAAAAACAUGAUAAAAGAUUUAAUGUAAAACAUAAGUCAGUUUUAUAUGCUGUCAAAUGCAUUAUUAAUUUGGAAAGAUACUAGUGGUAUUGGUCUUGUGUGGGCUGGUGCUAAUUUGAUCCUAUUACUAUCUGCAUAGAACUUAAAGACAUAGAGAAGCUAACUUGGAGUGUAAAAAUGAGAAAAGUAAUUUUUGUGCAGAAGGUAGUAGCUGGUUCCCUCAAGGAUGGACACGAGGGGGCUCCAUAUCAAAUCAAUCAAUCAACUAAUCAAUCAAUCUAUUGAUUUUUAUUUAUAUAGAGCCAAAUCACAAUCUUUGCUUUCCAUAUGACUGCUCCAUUGUGGAAAUAUGAGGAUAUGUAGAAUUAGAGUUCUGACAGGAUGAGUAGGAGAAGGGUCACUCUAAAGAGAUUCUUAUUGGCAUUACCACCUGUUCGCUAUAUGUCAAUUUACUCAGCUACCAAAAUGUGUACAGAUUGACACGAAAGAUUGAUUUAAAAGGUGAUUUUAUUGUUAUCGCUAUAACAAAUAGUCCCCCAGAUUCUAUGGUAGGCAGCAUCACUGUCUGGGCUUGCUGUCAUUAUUUCCCCAUUCUCAAGACCUGCCUGAGAUGGAGACUAAUUUUUUGCCUCAAGGUCAACUAGUAGAGGUUAAAAUGUGUUGUGGACUGGUUUGAUAUGAUGUGUUUGAUUAGGUCAUCCCUGACAUAGCCUUACAGAUUAACAAUCAAUUGGGGUUGUUAUAGGAUUUUAACCAAUCAGAAUCAAAUGUUUAAUGCAGCUAAGUGAUCAGUAACAAAGCUUGGUGAUAAAUUAAGUCAUCAUUAUAGCAGGCAAGACAUUGAUUAAUAAAUAAAUGAUUAAAAAUUAAUAAAGCUGUUACAUCAGACUUACGCAACAGGCCUCUAUUUUAUUGGGUUUAUCAUAAAUUACAUAAUAAAUACAUGUACAUGGAAACCUCGGGACACACACACAGCAGCAGCAGAGUACAGGAGGAUGUUUGUGUUGCCAGGCAACAGCAGUCCAGUUCAGUGAAGUUUAAAAAUAAGUAAUAAUUGCUUGUUGUUGUUUAUUGUGAACUUCUGUUUGACUACUGUAGAGGAGAAUCCAGAGACUAGUUUGUGUAGUUUCCACAACUGUGAUGGAAACUGAGUUAGCGCUGCUGCCUGCCUGACUGUAACAGCCCAGGAAAUAGUUUAAUAACAUUAGACAAUGCUGAUGAAGGUACACGACCUUUUUAAUAUUUAUAUUUAUCACAUAAAACAACAAAAGUCUGAUAACAUAAUAGGGACAGGCUGGUGUGAGAAUCUAAUGGUAUAAAAACCCAAAACAUUGCAGAUUCAUAGUGUCGUGAUAUGAAGAUUACGGCUCUAAAAUGUGUCAGUUUGAAAUGCAUAGUAAUCAGAGAAAAAAAACAACUUUGUGCCACCAAACAUAUUUUGUUUAUUUUGUCAUUAUAUAAUUGAUAUAAACAAAAUAUCAAAUAUUUGGAACAUUGAUCAACAUGUUUGUGAGGUUAAAAAAAUGUAGCAAGUUACCAAUAAUUACAUGCAGUUCUGGCUAUAAUAUUGCAUGCCAGGUAGUACAGCAAGUGGAAAGUUACCAUAUGAUGCAAAUAUCAGGCUGUUUUUUUUCCUUAUAAUACAUCUGGAAAAAAUGAGAUCAUCUCAUAUUUAAGGUUCAGUUCAUAUGAUCAUAUGCUGUGUUUGCAAUAUCAGCUCUGAAAAUAGAAAGGUAUCCACUUGCUCUGUGAGGACGACGGCUUUCCAGUGAUUAACUCUGUUUCUGUGACAUCCAGAGGCUUUUCUGUCACACAGAGGAGAUUGAUAGAGGAGUAAAAAUGAGGACUGUGUCAGUUGGAAAACAACAAUGACAUUUGAACUGCACACCAAAAGGCUGUGCAACAAGUGUGUGAAAGUGUGAAAAUGGCCACCACGAGUUUAAAACAAUUGGUGGAAUAUUGUGUGCUUAAACUUCAGCCUGUUAAUAGUGGAGCAAAAUGCAACAAAAUAAAAUAAUGGUUUUAUAGUGAAAACUGCAAUGAAAAAAGUACACAAACUGUGUUUAUUAAUGUUAUUUUUGUAGUUGAUUAAUUAAUUUGGAAAACAUAUUUAUCCUUUUUUAAAUUUUGUACUGAGAAUAGAUGACUUGAGGAGAAGUGGAGUAAAAGACCAUGAGAAAAAGAUGGUAGAGUGACAAUAAAGAGACAGAGAGAGAGAAGAAAACUAAACUGGAAUGCAAUCAAACAGUUAUUAUCAUUAUUGUAUCAUAAUAAAGUUUUGAACUCAGCCUUGCAAGAGCUCAAACAGGGUCUAUGUCAUCAGAGAAUAGAGGAGUCCUUCAGGAAGAGAGAAAACCUUUGUGCAUUAUAGGAAAACUAGGUCUUUCUCAGCAUUAUCAAAGCCUGGUUCAGAGCCCACCUGGGCCGGUCCACCUGAGCCAGUGCUGACUGCAAGGAAAGUUCUACACCUGCCCUUAAAUGUGAAACCAGCUGGUCACUGUCAUGUGAUCACAUCUGAAUUAGCUGAUUGGCUGAUCUCAGGUCCAUGUGCCGAGAAAGAUGUUACCAUAGCAACAUCAGCAUCCCCGGUGUCCCCCUCCCCCUCUGUUACAUAACAGCUGCAGUCUAUAAACACACCCAGCAGACACUGUGCACUGACACUGUGUGUGUGUGUGUGUGUGUGUGUGUGUGUGUGUGUGUGUGUGUGUGUGUGUGUGUGUGUGUGUGUGUGUGUGUGUGUAACUGACCAGCUCAGACAGAUACCAGACUUUAUAUUUACAAACAAAUAGAUCCAUAAAAACACAAAAUUCUGUGUGUAAAAAGAAAGAAUUUUGGCCAAGAUCAAAAUCAAAAGCAGAUGGAUGUGAGAAUCUUUCUGGAAACAGGCAAAUAUAUCUUACAAAACAGAUGAUAUUCUAAAGAAUGGUUGUCCAGAAGAGAAGGCAGAAGAUUUUGUCCUAGUGUCUGUCUGUCUCACUUUUCUGUCUGUGUCUCUGCAGGUCUCCAGGUUGGACAGAUGGACGUCCUCUCAGGCCGUCACACUGGUCAGCUGAUCUUGAAUCAGGUACCUGCAGCUUUAAUGGCAUGUUGAGGGCAGAGGUUUCAGGGCUUUACUGUGAACUUCACAGAAACAAGUAGUUUAGCUCAGUCAAGUUCAGCUUAGUUUAGUUUAGUUUAGUUGAAUUUAGUUUGAUGUAGUUGAGGUUACUGGUUUGACUGAAUAUGGUCAAAUAUACAGUAUAUUAAAGUUGAUACAAAACUAUCAAAGUAAGCUAAUAUCAGUGUUCACAAAAAGUACAGUUUGUUAAUCUGGAAAGAAAAGUUGAACAGCAGGACCAUUUAUUUAAAUUUUACAACAGUAUGGUUUAUCUUCUACUUUUGUGGUACUUUUCACACAACAGACAUUUGUAUUUUUGUGUAGUUCCUUUUAUUCUAUUAUUGUUUAUUAUGAGUGUGUACACUUGUCUGUUUGAUUACAGAUUUACUACAUUUUCAGUAACAUAAAUCCAUUCUUGCCACUCUUAAGUUAUUCUUUUGUUCUCCUGUUCGUCCGUCAGUCAGUUGAAGGGCUCAGAUUUAGCUAG